AAAUUUGACGUAUCUCUAUUUCUUUAUUAUGUUUUCAUACGCUGGUUCGCAAAAUUUGUAAACAAAAGCCUAAAAAUUGUGAAUUACGUGGUGAUAUUUAGAAAAAAACUUUGCUAAAACUAAACCAAAGACUGAACCACAAAUAGAGAAUUAAGAAAUAGAGAAUUAGUGUGCAAGAAGAAUCUCAAAAAAAAAAAAAAUUAGGCAGUAAAGUGCAAAAUAAAAAUUUUCUGCUGAGACCGAAGUAACUUCGGCAAUUUUCAGCUUUGUAAUAGUGGCUAAAGGAUAAAACGGCAAAUUUUCUAACAAUAACAACAAAUGCCAAAUCAGGUUUCACUGUGCAUUAUAAAGUUCGAAAUUGACCCACAGCUGAGUGAGGAUUUUGAACCUGGCGCAACAGCUGCGGAACACCCCACUAAUCCGCGCAUGCUAAAAGAACGUGAACGAGAUCGCGGUCUACGGCAAGCCAACCAGAUUGUAAUUGAAACAUACACAAAUCGUUUGUGUGCAGAAGGGGAGGAGUUGCAGGCGGCAGGAGCAGUAGCGCAGCAACUAACAGCCGUUGGAGGUGAAACUUCUACACCGAUUGAUAUGAGUGGCGAGCGUAAAAGGGAUUUGCGAUCAACUGCAAGUGGUUCACGUGAAGCCACACCACUUGAAGAAGGACAAUGUGCGCCAGAAUUUCCCAAGGAAAUUGGAUUUUUCUCCGGCAAUCCGGAAGUCACCAAUGGCAUUGUGCAUUUAUACAAGAAAAAUGAGCGUAAGGAAUUAAAAGAGGGACCUUCCGAUAAGUUGUGCUUGCUUGCGGUGCCCGCUAGUGUAAGCUGCCACGAUUUAAUGGGUUUUGUAGCGCCCUGUCAAUCGGCGAUUCGACACAUACGCAUUGUACGCGACGGCAGUCCCAACCAAUUUAUGGUGAUAUUAGAAUUUCGUUCGAACGCUGCCGCCUUAGAGUUUUACCAGUCAUACAAUGGCGCUGCAUAUAAUUUGCUGGAGCCAGACUCUCUCUGUCAUGCCGUUUGGGUUUCAGAAAUUGAACGCGGCGGGGAUGGUGUGCCACCAGUGGGUCAUACCGAACUACCCAACUGUCCAGUUUGCUUGGAGCGCAUGGACGAGAGUGUCGAUGGCGUAUUGACCAUACUUUGUAAUCAUGCCUUUCAUGCCAACUGCCUUAUCAAAUGGGGUGAUUCAACAUGUCCAGUUUGUCGUCAUGUGCAGACACCCGAGUUGCUUGAGAACUCUGUUUGUAUGGAGUGUGAGGGCACGGAUUCCCUGUGGAUUUGUCUGAUUUGCGGUCAUGUCGGUUGUGGUCGUUACCAAGGUGGGCAUGCUGCCGCACAUUAUCGUGCCACAAAUCACACUUUUGCCAUGCAGUUAGGCACAUCGAGUGUCUGGGACUAUGCAGGAGACAACUUCGUGCAUCGUCUCUUUCAAAAUAAGACUGAUGGGAAACUGGUCGCAACUGCUAACGACGAAGGAGAAGAGAAGAUUGAUUCAAUGCAACUGGAAUUCACAUAUUUACUCACCUCGCAACUGGAUACGCAGCGCAAGUAUUAUGAAGAUCGUUUAGAUCGCCUAGAAAUGGAGUGGCGUGACUUCAAAGCCGGUGCUGACAAUGAUAGUAGCAAAGUCAGCGCUUUGGAACAAAAAGUGCAAACAUUGACUAAAGAAAAGCAGACACUGGAACGCAAAUUGACACAAAAUGCCACAAAAUUAAAGGAUAUGCAAAAGCAACUGGCCGAAGAGCGUGAGUUCUCCAAAACGUUGCAGAGCAAUCAUAGCUCUUGGCAGACUAAAUAUGCAACUCUGGAAAAACAAUAUAAAGAAUACAAGGAGGCGCGUGAAGCUGAGUUGAACGAUGUCAAGGAGCAACUGCGCGACAUUAUGUUUUACAUGCAGGCGCAGAGCAAAAUUGCCGAUUCCGAGCUGAAAGAUGAGAUUGUUGGUGGCACGGUGGUUGUACCUGAAGCUGAAGCAAGCACUUCUUCAGGAAAAGCGGCCAGACGAAAGAAGAAACAUUAAGUCUUUUGAUAUAUUGCAACAACCUUACAACGGCUAUACUUAUGCUUUUUUGGAUACUAAAAUAAUUUUACACUUACAACUACAACUUCAAGGCAUACUGACGUAAAGUUAAUGCUAUUAUUAGAAUGUAAGCUCUUAAGUAAUGUGGUUGCUAAUCAAAUAAAAUAGCUUUUUACAUACAUGCAUCUAUACAAAACUGAAAAAUAAAUGUUUACAUAUCGCUUCAUAAGGGUCU